AUCAACUACUGCAUCUUCUCUGCAAAGGCUAUGAGGAAUUUUUUUUCUUCCUUUUUAUUGUUUUAUUAUCAUUGCAAGUAAAUAGAAUGUUGAAGAAUGUCCUUAACCAAGCCACGCAUUCCAGCCCUAUUGAAAAUUAGUUCCGAAAGGAGCACAAUUAACCGUCUUAAAAAAGACAUGAAGCAACUAAAUCUUAAGCUCUCUCAACUUCAGGCUUUAUUGGAGGAGAAAGAGGCUCAGUUAUGCCAAUCAAAGAGUAUUGCUGUGUCAACAAUGGAGAUGAACGUUGGAGCAACUAAUGGCUCAAAUUCAUCGAGCAGUGUGCAACAGGAAAAUAUCCAUUUCUCCACAAGUAGUGAGGAAACUUGUGUUCUCACUACCUCACAUUCAAAUAGAACAGAACAGAAUCAAGAAAGUGCUUUUGGUGGACCUGCCAAAAUUUUGUCAGGCUUUACCAUGUCCAAGUCUCAGCAUGAUACAACUAUUGUUUCAACUCUUUUUGCUGAAGGAACUGGUGAUACAAGUAAAACAUUCUAUGAUGGCCCAUUUGUUGAGAAUGGCAGUGAAAUGCGAGGAGAAGAAGAAUUUCCUGAGGUCAACGUAGAUUUCCAGGAGACGUUUUUGGGCCAUACUAGUCCAAUUACUUGCUGCCGGUUUUCUGCAUCUGGAAACAAUAUAGCUAGUGCAUCUGUGGAUGGCACUGUCAGGAUUUGGACAUAUGAUUCUUCAACUCCAGCAUCUAGAAAUGCAACCAUAUAUUGUGGAGCUGAAAUUAUGUCACUUGAUUGGGAAUGUAAAUCUGAUCGCUUGCUCCUCAUAGGCACAAAUGAUGGAGGAAUCAAAGCAUGGAAUGUUGAUGCAAAGAGAGUUGUUUGUGAUCUCAGUACAUCUGAAGCUUUUCCAAGUGUAUUGGACUUAAAAUGCAGCCCUGUAGAACCAAUUUUUGUAUCUGCUGCAGCAUCCAAAAGGAAUGGCUCUAGCUUCGUUGAUAGUUUAGGGUUUGCUUCAUUGACUGUAUGGAACAUGAAAACAUGGAAACCUAUGACAGUCCUUCCUCUUGGUGAAGAUCCACCAGCAAUUACUUCUCUAUGCUUCAAUCACAAUGGGAAGAUUCUAGCAGCCUCUGCAACUGAUGGAAUGAUCCAUAUGUUUGACAUGUCUGCUGGUCUGCAAAUUACUGGGUGGCCUGCCCAUGAUUCUGCUAUAAGCUCAAUUCUUUUUGGUUCAGAUGAGACAAGCAUUUUUACCUUGGGUUCAGAUGGAAAGAUAAUUGAAUGGAGUUUGCAGAAACAAGGUCAUAUCCUUUGGUCAAGAACUCGUAGCAGGUCCUUUGACCCUGAGACAUCAAAAUAUUAUAGACACGAGAUGGCACUGGAUGCUAAAGGAAGGAGGCUCUUGGUAACAUCUGGUUCAGUAAGAGCUCCCAUAUAUCAGAUGCAGAGCUACUCAAACGGGUUGAGAACUCUUCCACACAGUGCAGCUAUAACAACUGUAGAUUGGCACCCAACCUUGCCCAUCUUCCUGACUGGAUCAGCUGAUAACUCAGUCAGGGUAACUUCUAUAUUGUAAAGUUUCUUGUAUGGUUUCUUUCUCAAAAUUCUUUCGGCCAUUUUGUAUCAAACACAUGAAACUUAGGAAAUUUUUCUCAAAGUAGAUAAAUUUCUUUCUCAAAGUAGGCACAUAUCUAAUGGCUCAAGAUAAAUUUUUUAGUAAUCA